AUGGGAGCGCAUCUGCAGCCGCUCGCCCUGCGGCUCCUGGCGCUGACUUUCCCCUUGGUCGCCAAGGGGUUUUCUGAUGAAACCUUGGAGAAAGCCGCGAAAUCCGAGGGAUAUUGCAGUCGGAUCCUGCGAGCCCAAGGCACCAGGAGGGAAGGGUACAAUGAAUUCAGCCUUAGGGUGGAAGGCGAUCCAGAAUUUUACAAGCCUGGAAACAGUUACCGGGUGACACUUUCUGCUGCCACUCCUGCUUACUUUCGAGGGUUCACCUUGAUUGCCCUCAAGGAAGGAAAAGAAGGGGACAAAGAGGAAGACCAUGCAGGAUCUUUCCAGAUCAUAGAUGAAGAAGAAACACAGUUCAUGAGCAAUUGUCCUGUGGCAGUGACUGAGAGCACACCCAGAAGAAGGACACGAAUUCAAGUCUUCUGGACAGCUCCUCCCACUGGGACAGGCUGUGUCAUUCUCAAAGCCAGUAUUGUGCAGAAACGCAUCAUUUAUUUUCAAGAUGAGGGUUCUCUCACCAAAAGAAUUUGUGAACAAGACUCAGCCUCGGAAGGUGUGACUGACAAACCAAUUUUAGAUUGUUGUGCCUGUGGAACUGCCAAAUACAGGCUAACUUUUUAUGGAAACUGGUCAGAAAAAACACACCCCAAAGAUUUUCCACGACGUACCAACCACUGGUCUGCAAUCAUUGGCAGUUCUCACUCCAAGAACUACAUCCUUUGGGAGUAUGGAGGAUAUGCUAGUGAAGGUGUCAAGCAAGUGGCAGAGUUGGGGUCCCCAGUAAAGAUGGAAGAAGAGAUUCGACAGCAA